AUGGUGGUGGUGGUGGUGGUGGUGAAACCGUUCCAUGCCAGCGAGUUUUCCUUCAUCGUCUCUUUCCUCCGCCCCCACCUCCCGUCCCCUCCUGCCUCCGGCUUCUCCCAGCCCCGGCUCUUCCCCUCGGGAGCGCGGCCGGGGCGGCUCAAGGACUCCCCGGGCGCCGGCGAUGCCCGGAGCAGGUCGCGGAGCCUCCAGGAUUCCUUCGUGGGCGAGGUCCUGUUCCCCUGCGCCGAGGCCUCCUGGGACCCCCGCGCUCCCUCCGGCUACUCCUGGGAGCUGGCGAGCACCAAAACCAAGCUCAGCAAGCACCGCAGUGCCCACGGCCUGAGCUGCAGCGUCCUCUCCUCGCCCCCCAGAGCCGUGGGCCAGCUCCUCCUGCUGCUGCAGCACCAGGCGGCGGCCGGGCGCAUCAAGGUGCUGCUGCGCAAGGCAGAGGCCCUGGGCCGGCUGUCCCGCAUGCCGGGACCCCCAGGUCACUACGUCAUCGUCCACCUCCACCACGACGGCCACAUCAUCGACACCAAGGAGACCAAGUCGGUCAGCGGCUACAGCCCCGUGUGGAACGCGCCCUUCCUCUUCAGCAUCCCCGCCGGGGACAUCCAGCAGCAGCAGCUGGCCUUGGAGUUCGUUGUCAUGCAGGUGAGGCUCGUCUCUGCGCCCGCGGCUCCGUGCUGGGCCGCGUCCGGGUGGGGCCAGGCGCCGCCGGGGCCGGGGUGUCGCACUGGAGGGACAUGUGCAGCCGGGCGCCGCUGGAGUCCGAGCGCUGGCACCGCAUCCAGCCCGCCGCUGCGCCCGGGCCUUGAUCCGGCCGCGCGGGCGGGGAUAGCCCGGGACUCGGGAGCGAGCCAAGGGCGUCUCCGAGCUGCGGAGAGGGGAGGUGGCACCGCACCGUCAGGGAGACGUCCGGGCUCCAUCUCCAUUGUGGCGGUCGGCACAAGCCCAUCGCAACGGCGCCAGAGGGGACUGAGCCCAUCUGAGGUGGCCCCAGCCUCGGGGGAGACACGAGGAGCUCUGUCUGCUCCAUCGACGUCUGCACGCAGAAUCAGGGCUGUGGAGGAGACACGUGGGACAACCACCCAGCAGGGAUCCCUGCGGCCUCUUCCACCCCAGCAGAGUGGAGCUGCGAGGAUAACGGUGAUGCCAAAGUCACCUGGUGACAAAGGUGCCCAUUGGAAUAUUUGA